UGUGUAGUCCGAAGAGGGGGAGCAGCGACAGCGACCGCAUCAGCAGCAGCAAAGCCCUGCAGGCUUCGUCCGGAACCCGCCUUCUCGGUCUCUCUCAUCCAGCCAAGUCUGUGCUUGUCUCGCUUCCUGGCAGGGCGCAGGAGGAGUCUAGUGCGACAGACAAGGCAAGCGAAGGGUUAAAGUGUGUGUGAGUGAAAGAGUGCGCGCCCGCGCGCCUCCUAGAGCGGACCGGGAAGGGGCAAGGCUGUCUGCUCGACGAUUUCUCUCUUCCUCCCGGAAAUGAGCUUUGGGUUUCCCCACUUGCCGCAGAAGUUUUCGCUGGGAAUUUGCUGUAUUACAGAGUUCACAGAGCUUAAUAGACCCAACUCUCUGAACAACCCUUCCUGUAAGAGGAAAAUUGCCUGAAACAUAAGGAGAUCUUUGGGUAUUCCUGGAAGCUGCUUUGGAGUACAGAGCAAAGAUGGAAAAGAAAGAUUCAGUUGGCCCUGGAGCAGGUAGAAGCCAUGAGGUUGGAAGCACUGGGGAAUUCUGGGAAAGAACCAAGCGAAAGAUGCUAGAUGACACCACCAACCCAGAUGGCCAGCGCCAGCGCUUCAGGCAGUUCUGCUGCCAGCAGGACAAGGGGCCCCGAGAGGUUUGCAGCCGACUUCACAGCCUUUGCCUUCAGUGGCUGAAGCCAGAGAGACACACGAAAGCUCAGAUGCUGGACCUGGUGAUCCUGGAGCAGUUCCUGGGCAUCCUGCCCCCAGAGCUGGAGAGCUGGGUCAGAGAGUGUGGAGCAGAGACCAGUUCCCAGGCAGUGGCCCUGGCAGAAGGUUUCCUCCUGAGCCAGGCAGAGAGCAAGAGGCAGAAAGAGCAGCAGGGGAAGAGGCUAUCAAAAGCAGAAAUUGAUUUCUCCAGGGCAGAGAAGGCUCUAUUGGACCACAGACAGAAGCCGCUGUUCCGAAAGAUCAUGGAAGAAGGUGGUGGAGGAGCCACCUCACUGGGUGGCAAAAUCACACUGACUCUUCGUCCCAGGCCUUCUCUCUGUGGCGGAGUGGGCACAGCCUCCUUGCAGCUGGACCAGGCUCCAUUCACCUUUGAGGAGGUGGCUGUGCAUUUCGCAGAGGAGGAGUGGGCUCUGCUGGAUCCAGACCAAAAGGCUCUGCACCGAGAAGUCAUGGAGGAAAUCCGCGGGCAUCUGGCCUCUCUAGGGGAUGGAGGGGAGAGUGAAGAAGAGGAUGGUCUGCAGAGAAGGAAAACAAAAACAGAACAUCAGUGGGUGAAGAAACGUGUUGCUUCUCUGUGCUCUGACAUGCAUGAACUUCCAGUCUACACAAUGGAUGAUAAAGGAAACAGAAGGAAUAAAUAUCCUCGGUAUGCAAAGGUCUUAACCAGCAAAUCAAGCUUCAGUGCACAUCAAAUAAUAAAUACAGGUGAGGCAAAAUAUGAAUGUUCCAAGUCCAGAAAGAGCUUCAAGCAGACCUCACAGCCUACUUCCCAUCAAAGAAUGGACACAGGAAAGAAACCAUAUAAAUGCUUAGACUGUGGAAAGAGCUUCAGAUAUAGAUCACACCUUAUUUCCCAUCAAAGAAUCCACACAGGAGAGAAACUAUAUCAUUGUUCAGUGUGUGGAAAGAGCUUCAGACAUAACUCAAACCUUACUACCCACCAAAAAAUCCACACAGGAGAGAAACCAUAUCAAUGCUCAGUGUGUGGAAAGAGCUUCAGGAGGAGCUCACAACUUGCUUCGCAUCAAGGAAAUCACACAGGAAAGAAACCAUAUCAGUGUUCAGUGUGUGGAAAGAGCUUCAGUGACAAGUCGAGCCUUACUGCCCAUCAAAGAAUCCACACGGGAGAGAAACCAUAUUUGUGCUCAGAAUGUGGAAAAACUUUCAACCAGAGGGGGCACCUUAUGUUUCAUCAAAGAAUCCACACAGGAGAGAAACCAUUUAAAUGCUUAGACUGUGGAAAGUGCUUCAGUCGCAACACAAACCUUACUUCUCAUCAAAGAAUCCACACAGGAGAGAAACGAUAUCAUUGUUCAGUGUGUGAAAAGAGCUUCAGACAUAGCUCAAGCCUUGCUUCUCAUAAAAGAAUCCACACAGGGGAGAAACCAUAUCAAUGCUCAGUGUGUGGAACGAGCUUCAGGAAGAGUUCACAACUUGCUUCGCAUCAAGGAAUCCACACAGGGGACAAACCAUAUCAGUGUUCAAUGUGUGAAAAGAGCUACACUGACAAUGCAGGCCUUAUUGCCCAUCAAAGAAUUCACACAGGAGAGAAACCAUAUUGGUGUUCAGAAUGUGGAAAGAGCUUCGGCCAGAGAGGGCAUCUUAUGUUCCAUCAAAGAAUCCACACGGGGGAGAAACCAUUUAAAUGCUUAUACUGUGGAAGAUGCUUCAGUCGCAACACAAACCUUACUUCCCAUCAAAGAAUCCACACAGGAGAGAAACCAUAUCAAUGCUCAGUGUGUGGAAAGAGCUUCAAUUUUGGAAAAAUCCUUAUUAUCCAUCAAAGAAUCCACACAGGGGAAAAACCAUAUCAGUGCUCAGAAUGUGGAAAGAGUUUCAGCCAGAGCUCAAACCUUACUCGCCAUCAAAGAAUCCACACAGGGGAAAAACCAUAUGAAUGCUCAGAGUGUGAAAAAAACUUCAGCUGCAAGGCUAACCUUAUUUACCAUGAAAGAAUCCACACAGGAGAGAAACCAUUUCAUUGCUCAGAAUGUGGAAAGUGCUUCAGCCACAGCUCAGGCUUUACUUCCCAUAAAAAAAUUCACACAGCGGAAAAACCAUAUAAAUGUUCAGAAUGCAGAAAGAGUUUCAAAACCAGUAGGUGCCUUAUUUCCCAUCAAAGAACCCACACAGGGGAGAAACCAUAUCAGUGCUCAGAAUGUGGAAAGAGUUUCAGUCAGAACGGAACCCUUAAUAAGCAUCAAAUAAUCCACACAGGAGAAAAACCAUAUCAGUGCUCAGAAUGUGGAAAGAGCUUCAGCCAGGGCUCCCAACUUACUUCCCAUCAAAUGAUCCACACAGGGGAGAAACCAUAUAAGUGUUAUGAAUGUGGAAAGAGCUUCAACAAGAGUGCAAACCUUACUUCCCAUCAAAGAGUGCACACAGGGGAGAAACCAUAUCAAUGCUCAGUAUGUGAAAAGAGCUUCAGGUAUAGGAGUAACCUUGUUAUACACGAAAGAAUCCACACAGGGGAGAAACCAUAUCAGUGUUCAGAGUGUGGAAAGAGCUUCACGGAGCGCAUAAAGCUUACUUCCCAUCAAAGAAUCCAUACAGGGGAGAAACCAUAUAAAUGUAUGGAAUGUGGAAAGAGCUUCAGCCAUAGCCGGAGUCUUGCUGUCCAUCUAAGAACACACACGGGGGCUAAACCAUAUCAAUGUUCAGAAUGUGAAAAGACCUUCAGGAACAAGAGUCACCUUGUUUGCCAUGAAAGAAUACACAGAGGGGAGAAACCCUACAAGUGCUCAGAGUGUGGAAAGAGCUUCACACAGAGUUCUGCUCUUACUUCCCAUCAAGGAACCCACUCAGAACAGAAACCAUACAAAUGUUUUGAAUGUGGAAAGAGUUUCUUCCAGAGCUGGGUCCUUAUUUACCAUCAAAGAAUCCACACAGGAGAAAAACCGCAUCAAUGCUCGGAAUGUGGAAAGAGUUUCAGGGUGAAGUCAAGCCUUACUUCCCACCAAAGAAUCCACAGCGGGGAGAAACCAUACCAAUGCUUAGAAUGUGGAAAGAGCUUCAACCGGGGGUCAAACCUUUAUUCCCAUAAAAAAACCCACACAAGAGAAAAUAGAUAUUGGGGUUCAGUAUGUGGAAAGAGUUUCAAUAAGACCUCAACUCUUACUUCCUAUCAACGAAUCCACACUGGGGAGAAGCCAUAUAAAUGUAUGGAAUGUGGAAAGAGCUUCAGUCAUAGCCAGAGUCUUACUGUCCAUCUAAGAACACACACGGGGGCUAAACCAUAUCAAUGUUCAGAAUGUGAAAAGAGCUUCAGGAACAAGAGUCACCUUGUUUGCCAUGAAAGAAUACACAGAGGGGAGAAACCCUACAAGUGCUCAGAGUGUGGAAAGAGCUUCACAAAGAGUUCUACUCUUACUUCCCAUCAAGGAACCCACUCAGAACAGAAACCAUAUAAAUGUUUUGAAUGUGGAAAGAGUUUCUCCCAAAGCUGGGGCCUUAUUUACCAUCAAAGAAUCCACACAGGAGAAAAACCACAUCAGUGCUCAGAAUGUGGAAAGAGUUUCAGGGUGAAGUCAAGCCUUACUUCUCACCAAAGAAUCCACAGCGGGGAGAAACCAUACCAAUGCUUAGAAUGUGGAAAGAGCUUCAACCAGGGGUCAAACCUUCAUUCCCAUAAAAAAAUUCACACAAAGAGAAAAUAGAUAUUGGGGCUCAGUAUGAGGAAAUAGUUCCAAUAAGACCUCAACUCUUACUUCCCAUCAAAUAAUGCACACAGGGGAGAACCCAUAUCAGUGCUCAGAAGGUGAAAAGAGCUUCAGCUGCAGUUCAAGCUUUAGUUCCAGUGAAAGAAUCCACACAAGAGAAAAACCAUAUAAAUGCUCAGAAUGUGGAGAGAGCUUCAGCCGGAGGUCAUGCAUUAGUUCCCAUCAAAGAAUCCACAGAGUAUUUUAAAAACUUGUUUUAAUAACUAUUUUAUUCUAUUUUUAUUGUGUCAUGUAUUUUAAUCUGUGAUUUUUAAAUAUUUUAAAUUUUGUACACCACCUAGAGAUGUACAAAUUAGGUGCUACUAAAAUAUGAUAAAUAUAUAAAUAAAUAAAAUAUAACCAUAUCAGUG